GCAAUGGAUCUGAACUUCUUCUACAGCGAGAACAUCAGUAUUAACCACAGCACGCUCUUCAACGACAGCAGAAACCUCACGCUCUUACCGUUCUACCAGCAUUCCCUCGCCGUGGCCUCCGUCAUUAUGUUUAUAGCAUUUUAUGUCAGGAUCUGCUCUACUGUUAUAAAGAUCUCAUUGAUUUACAUCACAAGCAAGUUUAAAGGUUAAAGAGUUGUCAAAUAAUGCAAAAAAACCAACAUCUUCAUACUCAACCUGGCCAUCAGCGACCUGCUGGUGGGCAUCUUAUGCCUUCCCAUCACGCUGGUGGACAAUCUGAUCACAGGCUGGCCGUUUGAUGUGGUGACCUGUAAAAUGAGUGGACUCGUGCAGGGAGCUUCAGUCUCGGCGUCGGUCUUCACGCUGGUGGCCAUCGCGGUGGAAAGAUUUCGUUGCAUCGUCUAUCCGUUCCAGCGGAAGCUGACGCAGCGGCAGGCCAUCAUCACCAUCACCUUCAUCUGGGCGCUGGCUGUGGGCAUCAUGUGUCCGUCCGCCGUCACGCUGACCGUCUCGCAGGACCUCCUGCACUUCAUGGUGGACCGGGACAACGUCACGUACCCGCUGUACACCUGCUGGGAGGCCUGGCCCGACCAGAGCAUGAGGAAGAUCUACACCACCGUCCUCUUCUCGCACAUCUACCUGGCUCCGGUCACGCUCAUCGUCAUCAUGUACACGCGCAUCGCCGUCAAGCUGGUCAAAUCGCCCGCGUCUAUCCGGGACGCGCACGCGGAGGACGAGAGCCGCCGGGUUUUCCGCAGGAAGCUGCGCGUGGUGAACAUGCUGCUGAUCGUGGCGCUGCUCUUCACCGUCUCCUGGCUGCCGCUCUGGAUCCUCAUGAUGCUGACGGACUACGGCAAUCUGUCGGCCACUCAGCUGGAUCUGGUGGCCGUCUACGUCUUCCCGUUCGCUCACUGGCUGGCCUUCUUCAACAGCAGCGUCAACCCCAUCGUGUACGGCUACUUCAACGAGAACUUCCGCCGUGGCUUUCAGGCGGCGUUUAAGAUGGGCCUGUGUCUGGUGGACGAGCCGCCGCAGCCCAGACGCAAUGACACGUGGAAACACAACCGUGUGUUUGCGGACAGAGACAGGCCGGACGCUCAGAACAACGGCAGGAGAGAGUUCUGCAGCGGAGAGCAGAGAGACGAGCUGGUGCUGGAGGAUCUGGACUGAGACG